GGUUACUGUCAGGUCAUUAAGUCAUUAAAUAGUGAAUCAGAAGCACAGUCACGUUUAUUUCCCAGGUAACCCCUGCUGGUGGCUAUUCCUCUGAUUUCUACCUCAUGUUUUCUUCAAAAGGGCUAUGUUAUGAAAUGAAAACACAUGGUCCGGAAAUAGGUUUUAGUUUAGACUUUAAGGUUAAGGUACUGUGUGGGACCCUCUGAAUAAUGUCACUAGUAGCAUCAUCACCAGAUAAAGUGAAUGUGCUGUAAGUGCCUGAGUGUCAUUUGCGAUCAAGAGAACGCGCUCCUGUGCGCUCGCCUGCGCACUUCAGUGUCACUGGCGCUCCGUGCGCUGACAGCCUGCUGCCGCUGCUGCUGCUGGACGGCAACUAUGGAGGAGAAACAGAAGGAUGAGAGCGCCAAAGAUCCGCAGUCAACGUCCUACCAGAGAAGGAUGUGGAGGAAUUUCCAAGAGAAGACCAAACCGUUCUUGAGCCCCAAACUGGGGUCCGAACGACGCAGCAGCGGGGAUGCUAAAAAAGAAAGCGGCUUGUGGAUGUUUAAAAGAAAGAAGAAACAGGUCCUGGACCGGGUCUUCUCGUCCUCGCAGCCUAAUCUGUGCUGCUCAACUCCGCCGUCUUUCGUGGGCGACAGGACCCUGUGCGAGCAGCCGGACUCUAGCGCCGGUAAAGGGCUCGGGAUCUCACCGCUGGCCGUUGCUGAGGGAGCAUCAGUCAGUAAACCGGAGAUUUCCGUAUCCGCGCAUGGGAGCCCGAAGCUGUUGGUGUCUCAUCUGGUGAUGUCCCAGCAGAAGAGCUCGUCCUUGGGCUCGACGUGCUUCGAGAAGCUGGUGGUGGAUUCGGCAGCAUCCAGUGAGGAUGAGCUGGCUAAAAACGCCAGUGACCUGGGCAUCAAUAUUGUGGAGCCAAGUAAUGAAGAACAUCCUCCCCCGUCAAAGCCAGGAAUGUAUCAACUGGACAUUGUGCUGAAGAAGGGCAAUAAUCUGGCCAUCAGGGACAGGGGAGGGACCAGUGACCCAUAUGUGAAGUUUAAGAUCGCAGGGAAAGAGGUUUUCCGCAGCAAAACAAUCCACAAAAACCUGAACCCAGUAUGGGAUGAGAAAGUCAGUCUGUUGGUGGAGAGUUUGAGAGAGCCGCUCUAUGUGAAGGUCUUUGACUAUGACUUUGGGCUGCAGGAUGACUUUAUGGGCUCUGCAUAUCUCUAUUUAGAGUCCCUGGAACACCAAAGGACUUUGGAUGUGACCCUUAACCUCAAAGAUCCCCACUAUCCCAAUCAUGACCUGGGUUCACUGGAACUGGCAGUCACACUUAUUCCAAAAGAGGGAGACUUCAGGGAAGCAACCAUGCUUAUGAGAAGGAGCUGGAAACGAUCCAGUAAGCAUCAGAGUCUGAGGUUAUCAGACGUUCACAGGAAGGCUCAGCUGUGGAGAGGCAUCGUUAGCAUCAGUCUCAUCGAGGCCCGUGACCUCCAACCUAUGGACGCCAAUGGCCUUAGUGACCCUUAUGUCAAAUUCAGAAUGGGACAUCAAAAGUACAAAAGUAAGACAAUACCAAAAACACUAAACCCCCAGUGGAGAGAGCAGUUUGACUUUCACCUGUAUGAUGAACAGGGUGGUUUCAUUGACAUCACCAUCUGGGACAAAGAUGCAGGGAAGAAAGAUGACUUUAUGGGCAGGUGCCAGGUGGACCUCUCUGUUCUCUCAAAGGAGUGCACACACAGACUGGAUCUGCCUCUGGAGGAGGGUGAGGGUACACUGGUACUGCUGGUCACACUCACAGCCUCUGCUGCUGUCUCCAUCGCUGACCUGUCCGUCAACGUAUUGGAUGACCCCCAUGAGAGGAAGGAGAUUCUCCAUAGAUACAGUCUGCUUAGAUCUUUUCACAAUAUUAAAGACGUGGGCAUGGUGCAGGUGAAGGUGAUCCGAGCGGAGGGGCUGAUGGCAGCUGAUGUUACAGGCAAGAGUGACCCCUUCUGUGUAGUGGAGCUCAGCAACGAUCGGUUACAGACGCACACCGUGUACAAAAACCUCAACCCAGAGUGGAACAAAGUCUUCACGUUCAAUGUGAAAGACAUCCACUCGGUCUUAGAGGUGACCGUCUAUGACGAAGACAGAGACCGAAGUGCCGACUUCUUGGGCAAAGUGGCGAUACCGUUGUUAAAUAUCCAAAAUGGAGAACGCAAAGCUUACGCCUUGAAAAGCAAGGAACUGACAGGGCCAACCAAAGGGGUCAUCUUUCUCGAAAUAGACGUGAUUUAUAACGUUGUAAAAGCCGGCUUGAGAACUUUGAUUCCCAUCGAGCAGAAAUACAUCGAAGAGGAGCCGCGAGUGUCCAAACAGCUGCUGCUGCAGAACUUCAACAGAGUGAGGCGCUGUAUCAUGUUCCUGAUCAAUGCUGGCUGCUAUAUCAACAGCUGCUUUGAGUGGGAGUCUCCUCAGAGGAGCAUCUGUGCCUUUCUGCUUUUCGUUGUGGUCGUGUGGAAUUUCGAGCUCUAUAUGGUCCCGCUGGUUCUUUUGAUGCUGCUGGCCUGGAACUACGUUCUCAUUGCUUCAGGGAAGGACACGAGACAGGGAGAUGUGCAAGCUGUGGAGGAUUUGCUGGAGGACGAGGAGGAAGACUUUGACAGAGAUGACAAGGUGCCGGGCUCAGUCCCCUCCCAGGAUGGCCGGCUGCCGGAAAGCCAUAUCCUUGCGGAUAUUUUGGCUUCCUGGCACUUUGAGUGGAUACGCGUGAUGGUGGACUCAGAGAGAAAGGGUUUCAUGAAUAAGCUGUAUGCCAUUCAGGAUGUGUGUAUCAGUGUGCAGAAUGCUCUGGAUGAAGUGGCCUCCUAUGGUGAGAGGAUAAAGAAUACUUUCAACUGGACCGUGCCUUUCCUCAGCUGGCUGGCCAUAGUUGCCCUGUGUGCAGCCACUCUUGUGGUGUACUUCAUUCCUCUCAGAUACAUCGUACUGGCCUGGGGGGUGAACAAGUUCACCAAAAAACUGCGAGACCCAUACAGCAUCGACAACAACGAGCUGUUGGACUUCUUGUCCAGAAUGCCCUCAGACGUUCAAGUGGUGCAGUACCGAGAGCUGAAAGUGGAGCCCAGUCACAGCCCAAACAAAAGAAAGAAAAACAACCCAGUAUAGCUGCUCUCCUCACACGGAUGCUCUCCCAACGCCAAGGAGAAGGAGAGGACUGACCGAAACCAGCCUCUUUAUGUCUAUCUUCCUCACUCUUUCUCUCUCUGUUUCAACUGCCGCGCGGAGAGCUAAAGAGCGCGGUCAAAGUGAAAACGGGACCAUUGUUAAUUACCAUCCGUCCUUUUUGGGUUUAUUUUUGUGAGCGGCGAAAGCUCUUGACCCCUUUUAGAGUCAAACAGUCUGGGUUAUUUGUCAACGCUCGCCACUAGCCAGACAGCUCUAAAAGCCAAGGUGUCCUUCCACGGCAGCAAAGGGAGCCGCUCUAACCGCAAAUAGCAGGAUCAGCUGAUAAUACGCCCACCUGUGCCGACACAACCUCGCCUCUACAGAAGGGAAAACGACGGUGGUUAAGUUGCAGUUUGCACCCUAUAAUUUGCGCGGCACAGUAACUGCCAUAUCUAAAGCUAUCCGCAGCUGUCGAGCAGCAGUUAUCCGAGUCGACAGCUGAGCCCGUUACCGUCCGAUUUAUGGCUGUAACUAAAGUGCUCGUGGAAACGACUCCAAAAACGCCCAGUGCCAGUGAGGUUUGCGAUCUUUACGUCAUUUUGAUGUUCUUUUAACGGUAUGAAUGAUGCAUGCUGCCAUUGUUUAUUGUAAACCUUCUUCGACCAAUAGAGGCCUCGUAGUGGGGAUUGAGGUGUUUACGUACCCUUGCAUCAUUCCCUCUUCAUCCUCUGCUCCCAAAGCUCCACGCAGUGCCACUCCGCUAAUAAAGAUGUCAGUUUUGGCCACCACUUCUCAUUUGAAAGUCACGUUCCCGUGUGCCGCAACCCUACCUUGGGCGCCAGCUCAAACUUUGAUUUCUGAAGGCCGAGCGCUGAGGCCGAAAUCUUCUGAAAAAUCCCAGACUUGAAGGGCGAAUGUCUGUGUGUGUUUUCAUUGCUGUGGAUUGGCUGCUUGACAAGAAGUCGAUAGCCUGUGACAGGCUGCUUUAGGGCCUCGGGGGGUACCGGAGGGCAGAGGUUUACUGAUGCCGCAGAAGAGGAAAAAGGAGGAUGCGGGCUGCUUUUCCGGCGCUCCUCCUGUCAUUCGGGUUUCUCUCCCUCUGUCAUUUCCUCCGCUUCAUCCAUCCGCUUGCGAGGGAGGUCACGGACGGGUCCGCGGGGCGCUCUUGAGGGACCUCGGCGUCGCGAGCGAUGAAAGAUCACAGCGCGGGCUACAUCAGAAAGGACGCUAGCCCCGUCCCACCGCCUCCCUCCUGACUUCUCAUUUGCCGUAUCGCAUCUAUCAUAUGGAAAGACCAUUGAUUUGUCGGAGGGAAUUCCAUUACAAAGACAACACAAUCCCCACUGAGCGGGACACGGACGGUACUUCAGUGACUAAAGUGCUAUAAAAAACACACACGUAGAUGAUUUGAACAGCAGAAAGGGUAGUUUUCUAAGCCUGAAUGUGUUUCUAUGUACUGUACGUGUUGAUUUAAGUUGUUCGGUGGGUUUAUCGUGAAUGGUUUUUGCAUCCCAAAAGCUUUUUGUUUCGUACAAGUGCACAUGCUAUGUUUGCAAGCAAACCAAAGUGGAUCUUUUUUUUUUUUUGAAAUAUAUAAAGAGAGACAACUAUGUAGAAUGUAUCUAUUUAGUGGAAAAGGGAUAAAGGCACUUUCAUUUAUACCAGAUUUAUAAAUUAUUUAUUUAACAUAAAUGUUCAUUUUUUGUAAAUAUUCUUAUUGUAAAAAAACAAACAGAUGAAAAGCAGAAUACAUGUGGUCAGAGAAUAUAUGUGAUCAGUUUAUGAAAUUGUAAUGUGUCUGUGUGUCAUUUUAAAACCUGUUGCCUGUGAUGUCAUACUGCUGCCUGUGAUUGGCUGAAACACAGUUGGCAGAAUCGUGACAAAAUUUAAACUGAAAUAUGAACUAUGAAGAAUCAUAAUUUGUCAUUACUUUUAAAGAUGUUUCGUUUCUUUUUUAUAUAAUUAUUGCUUGCGUUCAUCAAUAAAAACAAUUCAAAGCAUGUA